AUGUAUGGAUUUCCAUCAACACAACAGCAGUAUUACAAAUUAGAAAGCACAUCAUCAACCGAUGACGCAACACAAGAACAAUUGCUUGUGAAUUUGUGCCAAGAAUUAAAAAUUUUAUACAAUGAAACGCUAAUUGAAAGAGCGAAAUUUAUAUAUCAAAAGGGAGCAUCACUCUCACAAGUUUUAGAAUUUGGCUCUAAUAGACAAGUUUAUCUUGCAUUUUGUUCUCUGUUUAUCGCAUCAAGAUUGGAAAGCCCAAAUGAUCUAUACUCGGACGAGCAAUUAAUAGAAUAUAACAAAUUUUCACUAAAGAUAGACGGUCCUGUGUCGAUCGGAAGUUUAAUACACAAACCAAACAUGAAUUUGGUUGAAACAUUUGAGUUGUUGAACAACACGUUGGUUUCGCUUCAGUUCGAAAACUCAGCUUGCUACUCUGUGCUCCAAAAAUCUCAAAAGAAACUUAUUCUUUGUCACUAUUUAUUUGAAAGAUAUCAAGAAUGCUUUAGAGAAAUUAUUACACCAACCACAAAUACAGAUCUAUUCAAAGUUGGCUGGAUUACAUUAGUAGUAUUGUGUAGACGUUUACCAUCUGUUCUUCUCGAUUUUACAGAGAGUGCAAAUUGUCUAAUUAAUUUUAUGAUCUUUUUUUGGAAGACUGCUAAGGAUGUAAGACUGUCAGAAACCAUUGAUGAAUUAUACUCAAUAUGUAACAUCGCUAAGGAUAAGGUAGAUCCAAGAUAUGACGAAUUUAUCACAAACACACUGAGACAAUUGAAUAUUUCAGAUUUUACCGAAUAUGUGACCGGCCAAGAUUCCCUAGCUCAAAUCAAUUCAGUGUUUGAAAAGGAUGUUGAUAAUACACUUGGAUCUCUUGGGUUUGAUGAAAGAAUAUUCAUGUAUACCAACGAUAUUAACAUUGUUGGUGACAUUACAAAACUAACCUCAGCACCAGUAUUCCAACUGAAUCCGCCAAGACAGUCACACGUGAACGAUCCAUUCAGAUCUCCACUGAAAUCACCAGGUCAUGGUGGAUUUUCUAUUCCUCUAACACCUCUCCAAGCAACUCUACAGGUGACUCAAGUUAUUGAAGAGUCUGUUAAAGACACUUCCCCAGGUCCUGAUGAAGCUCUGUUGACAUACUUUAAGUCAUGCAGCCCUGACCAAACUGCUACAAUUGAAAAUAGGCUAUCAAGUCUACUGGAAAAAGUGAAUCUUAACAACCUUUUCACGUUCAACUCUUUAAAACGAAAAUCAGAGAUUUCAAAAAUUUAUUACAAAACUCUAAAACACAUGCUACAAGCAGAAGAAAAAAGAUUAGGUGGAGCUACAAACUUUUCCAAUCUUUUAACAAACGAAAAUUUCCACAGAUCAUUAAUAGUUUGUGCUGUAGAAUGUAUUGCUUUUGAAUAUAAUUCAAAGGACUCAAUCGGCCUCGUUGAUCUUCUAAAUCAUUUUGCUUUGGAACCUUUUGAAUUGUCCAUAGUGAUUGAGAGUUUUGUUCAAAAUGCAACAUGGUUAAAUAGUGCUCUGAAGCGACACUUCAAGCACGUUGAAGAGCGCCUUUUAGAAUCUCUUGCUUGGAGAAAAAACUCUGUCCUCUAUUCAAAACUUUCUAACUCUACAAUUGUACAGCCUCCAAAACCUGGAAGUGAAACACCAAGCAAACAUCACUCUCAUGAAACAUUUGGAAUGUAUAGCCCUAUUGCAUCCAGAAAACAACCUGUUUCCAAAGGUUCUAACUCAGUUCAAUUCUUCUUCCGUAAGAUGUAUAAAUUAGUUUCGAGAAGGAUUCAAGAACUAUGCUAUAACUUUAAUCAAACUCAACAGAAUGCAUCUGAUGAUCCAAUGAUCAUAACUAUGGAUUUAAUGGAACAAGUUUGGCAUAUUGUAUAUUAUGCGCUAAAUGAGGCUAGAACCAUAAUGGUCAAUAGACACAUUGACCAUGUGAUUAUGUGCUCCAUGUAUGCAAUUUGUAACAAGGUUAACCGAAUGAGAAUUUCAUUUAAAGAUAUCAUUUUCAAUUAUAGAUUAAUAUGUGAAAAUAAUAGGUCUCUUUCACCAGUAGAAAUUGGAAAGAUAUUAUGGCAAGUACCCCUCGACAAGGACGGAGAGUUUGGAGAUAUUGUGAAAUUUUACAAUAGUGUGUAUAUUCCUGCCGUGAAAAGCUUUAUUCUUGAUAAGACUUCUGGAAAUUCUCAAUUCGAAAGACCAGAGAUGCCAUAUGUUGAGCUAUUCGCCAAGACUAAGAUUGCUCCGAACUUUGUUCUUUCUCCAAGAAAGUCUCAAUACUCAAGGAGUGCCUUACUCUCUCCGUCUAGAGACUUUCCUGCAAGUAUUCAUCUCACUCCUAGAACAAAGGCUCUCUAUGAAUUUGGUUCUUGCAGUACCAAGAAGCACUUUGACGUGAUUUCAUCUUCGAACAAUGAUAUUUCUCCAUCACCAGGUGGUCAAAACGUCGCAAGCGACUUUUCCAAGAGAGGUGUAAAACGAACAUUAGAUUUUGGAGAAGAAACUGAAACUAGUUCGUCGAAUGAUCCUGAACAACGUAAGUUUGUGAAGAUCCAUCAACAGGAACAAUAA